AUGGAGUGUACGACAUUGAUGCUUGUUGUCAAUCACGAGACUAUUUUUAACCCGUCUCAUCAUCGAGAGACGAGUUUCAAGAGUGAAAAUAUAGAAGUUGAUAGAAAAACGGAUGCACGUGUCACAUCAAAAGAAAUGCAUACAAUUUAUGUACCGAGUGAGAUAUCGACCAUAAAAGUACUCAAUGAGAUAAAUCAAGACAACAAAAGUGAAGCAUAUGACGAUGCUACUCGAUUUUCAUCAACACAAUCUCUUCAUCAAGACACGAAUUUCAAGUGUGAAAAUGUAGAAGGAGUGAGUGCUAAUGUUAAUAAUAAUAGUAGCUCAAAAAUUAGUGACAACAAAAUUGUUCCACUUUCCAAGAGUACUUUUGUGAAAAGUAAUUGUUCUAUUUUGGACAAGAACAAUGGUUUAACACAUACAAUUGAAUCAACCACAAGUAUAAAAUUGGUUGCAAGGGAUAUUGACGACGACGAUGAGAGGAGGGAUGAUGAGGAAGAAGAAGAAGAUGAUGAGCUAACAAGAAAAGUUGAAGAAUUUAUUCAGAAGGUAAAUAGAUGUUGGAAAGAAGAGAAAUUGAAUGCAUAA